UUUGGGCCUGAAGCUGUAAUUUGGUAAUCCCUGACGUCAGAAUCAUUUGGCGCGAGUCGAUAAUAAUAAUAAUAAAGAUGGCGGAGGAGGUGGUAGACAUCGUGAAGUGUCCCGUUUGUGCUGGGGAUUAUAAAUCCAGUGAAAUUAACUCUCACUUGGAUAAAUGUUUGGAUCAAGGCUGGAAAAGCGAGGACGACCUGCGAGCAAGUGCCGGGCCUCCGGCUAAAAAGUCGCGCGUUAGCAUGGAGGCUAAAAGCGGCUCUGGAGCUGCUGGAGUGGGAGCUGGGACUAGUGGGGCGGAAGUGAAACCAAGUCGACCUGCAGGUGCCGUGUUUUCAAUGUUCAACAACAACAACAACAACAAGUCGUUUUUAUCGUCCAAACAGACGGCUAGUGAAGGUAUGACACGAGGCACGGUGUCACCUAGCAACGCCCACGACAGCGCCACACUUCCGGGUUCGGAUUCAGGAAACCGGAAGCAGUGUGCUGAAGCUGAGGUGCUGAACCAGAGGCUGCUGAACUCAGACAAACCUCUGGCGGAGAAGAUGAGGCCCAGCACCCUGGAGGAGUAUUUUGGGCAGAAUAAAGUGUUAGGAGAGCACACACUGCUCAGAGCUCUGCUGCAGUCACAGGAAGUUCCCUCUCUGAUCCUGUGGGGACCUCCCGGAUGUGGAAAGACGACUCUGGCCCACAUCAUUGCCAGCUCCAGUAAAAAGAAAGGCACAGCACGCUUCGUGACUCUCUCAGCCACCAGCACGUCGACCAACGAGGUGCGAGAGGUGAUCAAACAGGCGCAGAACGAGCUCCGACUCUGCAAGAGGAAAACCAUCCUGUUCAUCGAUGAGAUACAUCGAUUUAACAAAUCCCAGCAGGACACGUUUCUGCCUCACGUGGAGUGCGGGACAAUCACGCUGAUCGGAGCGACCACGGAGAACCCGUCGUUUCAGGUGAACAGCGCUCUGCUGAGCCGCUGCAGGGUUCUGGUCCUUGAGAAGCUGAGCGUGUCAGCGAUGAGCUCGAUAUUGCGCCGGGCCGUGGAUUCACUCGGGCUGAUUGUGUUACCGGAUGACCGUUCAGGACCGGACUGCUCUGCAGAGCGGCAGGUGUGUAUCGAGCAGAAGGCCCUGGACACCGUAGCUCACCUGUGUGACGGAGACGCUCGAGCGGCUCUCAACGGCCUGCAGCUGGCCGUGCAGGCGUGUGUGAACAAGACCCUCAACGCAGAAACACACACUCCUCAGAACACUGUGGUCCAGGAGGUGCAUGUCAAAGAGGGUUUACAGAGAUCGCACAUCCUCUACGACAAAGCAGGUGAAGAACACUACAACUGCAUCUCAGCCCUACAUAAGUCAAUGAGGGGUUCGGAUGAAAACGCUGCCCUCUACUGGCUGGGCCGGAUGUUGGAGGGAGGUGAGGACCCGCUGUACGUGGCACGCAGGCUGGUGCGCUUUGCUAGCGAGGAUGUAGGUUUGGCCGAUCCCUCUGCGCUCACUCAGGCCGUGUCUGCGUUCCAGGCCUGCCACUUCAUCGGCAUGCCCGAGUGCGAGGUAAUCCUAGCACAGUGUGUGCUCUACCUGGCCAGGGCUCCUAAGUCUGUUGAAGUGUAUAAAGCUUAUAACAAUGUUAAGGCAUGUCUGAGGAACCACAAAGGGCCUUUACCCCCCGUGCCGCUUCACCUCCGCAACGCUCCCACCAAGCUAAUGAAGGAGCUAGGCUACGCUAAAGGCUACAAAUACAACCCGGCAUUCAACGGCCCAGUGGACCAAGAAUAUCUCCCUGAGGAGCUCCGCGGCAUCAACUUUUUCACCUGGACGCCAUCUGACUGAUAAACUCGCACCACUUUUUGUACGUGGGAGUACUGGCUGCUUUAUUUACCCUUUUGCCACUGUUCGUCUGUCUAAUUAAUAAUUACACAGUCUGCACUUAAAUGGCAUGUGCGGUCUUCGUUCAUGACCAGCUUUUGUCACUUAUCAUAUUAAGUUUACUUUUAUUGUUUUUGUAAUUAGCAUACUCUAAAGUUUUUGUAAGUAAUUGUAAUUAACAGACUUUAAUUUAAAAAAAAGACAAAUUUUGUUUUCUUGUUGUGCCAUGUUAGUUUCUUUUUCUUACUUUUUUCUGAAUUUAUUUCUUACACUGUCUUUUCUAUGGAUUUUUUUUGUUUUGUACAUUUUUUUCUUUCUGA